AUGAAAGAAAAAUGCGAUCAGGGAAGUCAUUGGGUGAAUCUUCGUAAUGGCCGCCCUAUUCAAGAGCGUUUAGCCAAAUUAUUACACCAAGAAGCCGGUGUUCCUGAAGGACCUUGCGAUUUGACCCACGUGCAAAAAUUUCAAGAUUUUUUGGGACCACAGGGAUACCAAAUUGUAGUGGUAUGUGCUCAGAAUGCUGUCAUCCUGUUUAAAGAUUCACAGUACAACCAAUCCCCUCACAAAAUUCAACUCGUGAAAACGGAUGGUCAUUUUGAUGGUUUGACAUCCAUCCCGGCAUUUAUUAACCGCAGUUAUUUCUGUUUUGAUUGUAACCGUGGUUAUGAUCAUGAAAGUGCUGAGCAUCAUAAUUGUUUUGGGCAAAAUUGUCCAGGUUGUUUACGGCGAAACAAGAAGUGCCCAAACUAUGCUGCUUGGCUGAAACCGAACUUUGAAUGUCGAGAUUGUCACUGUUUAUUUUACGGGGAAGACUGUUUGGAACAACAUAAGAAAGAUAAACUGUGUGGCAAAUACAGGAGAUGUCUGGUAUGUGCUCAAGAAUAUCAAGUGGAUAAAAAGAAACCGCACAAAUGCUAUCACAGUACAUGUAGGAAUUGUAAACAAUUUGUCAAUAUCAGUGAACAUUUGUGCUACAUACAGCCUGAGAUAGAAGAAGAAAAAGAGACAGUGGAAGAGGCAGAAGAUUUUGAAGAUCCACUUCGAUGGGGAGAAUCAGAUGACAACGAAGAUCAAAAACAGCCUCCCCCAUCACCGCUUUUAGUGUAUGCAGAUUUUGAAUGUAUGUUGGAUGCCAAGAAUCAGUUUAUUCCUGAUCUUAUUUGUUAUGCAACCUCCGAAGACGAUACAGUGGUCAGUCAUUUUGGAUUAGACUGUGCGGAAAAAUUUGUGCACGACCUGGAUGAUCUGACAGAAGUUGAAGAUAAUGAGAAAGAACGUGACAUUCAUGUAUUUUUUCAUAACAUGAAGGGAUUUGACGGGACUUUUAGCAUGGAUGAACUCUACAAACAACAGAGAGAAGUAGUCAAUCAAUUGACCGUAGGGGCGAAAGUGCUGCAUUUUCAAAGUGGAACCAUACAUUUUAAAGAUUCCAUGUGUUUUUUACCGUUCGCCUUGGAAAAAUUUCCUGCCACUUUUCAUUUAACGGAACUUAAAAAAAGGUUUCUUUUGUCACAAAUUCCACGUCGAGGCUAAUUUAUUGUAUGAAGGGCAUAUUCCUAAUGUGGAAUAUUACGACCCAGACUCAAUGGAUCCUAAAAAGAAAGCCGCCUUCCUUGCUUGGCAUGCUGAUCAAGUCGCCAGAAAUGUUGUCUUUAAUUUCAAAAAGGAACCGCAAGAAUACUGUGAAAGUGAUGUUCAGUUAUUGAAAGCGGGCUGUGAGAAAUUCGUGGAAGAAUUUUCUUCCAUUGCUGGAUUUAAUCCAUUGUUAAGGUGUGUUACGAUCGCGAGUGCGUGCAACUUAUUCUGGCGAAAAAAAUUAUUACAACCUGAUUUGAUUGCAGUGGAACCCGUUCACGGAUGGCAUGGGGCUCAAGUCAAUCAAAGCAAAGUCGCACUUGAAUGGUUGUAUUUUGAAGAAAGUAAAUUGGACGGAGACAAUGAGAUUAAGUUUGUGAGAAAUGGAGGGGAACAGAGAGUGCUUACUGCUGCAGGAAGCUAUUUUGUGGAUGGAUUUAAUCCAAGAACAAACACUGUAUACGAAUUUCACGGUUGUUUUUAUCACGGCUGUGUUAAAUGUUUUAAGAAUUCCAGACAUCAGAGACGAAAUUGUCACAGCGAUCGAACUGUAGACGAGGUGUAUCAAGCAACCGUCCUCAAAACGCAGAGUUUAAGACAAGCUGGAUACAGAGUGAUUGAGAAAUGGGAAUGCGAUUUUAAACAGGACAAGAAGACAGAUCCUGCAUUGCAAGCCUUUUUGAAAGAGUUCGACCUGGUAGAACCCAUGAAUCCUCGUGACGGGUUCUUUGGGGGACGAACUGGCGCAGUUUGUUUACAUGCGAAAGCCACAGAACCUGGAGAAGAGAUAAAAUAUAUCGAUGUCACGAGUCUUUACCCAUGGGUAAAUAAAACCUGUACUUAUCCUGUACGGCACCCUCAAAUUUAUACAAAUCCAAAGGAUCAAAACAUUGCUCAUUGGUUUGGUCUAGCUAAAGUGGACAUUCUCCCCCCGGAAUUUUUAUUUCACCCUGUUCUCCCUGCCCAAAGUGGCGGAAAAUUAACGUUUCCAUUAUGUGCUGCGUGUGUUCGCGAAGAACAAGGCAAAGACAAUAUGUUGCAGCGUACCAACAUGUGCCACCACACAGACCAAGAACGGAUGAUAAGAGGGACUUGGUGUACUCCAGAACUUGUACGCGCUGUGGAGAAAGGAUACCAAAUUUUGAAAAUCCACGAAGUCUGGCAUUUUCCUGAGGAAAACCAGGUGACAGGAUUGUUUGCAGAAUAUGCCAACACGUGGCUUAAAAUCAAGCAAGAGUCUGAACAGAAAGCAGACUAUAUCCGUCAGUAUCAGGAACAUGAAGAGAUCCUGUUGGAACAUGUGCAGAAAAAUCCUGGUCGAAAAACAGUGGCGAAAUUAAUGUUGAACAGGUAGGUAAAUUUGUUGACUUUGUCUGCAUUUAAACCUAUAUGAAAUGAUUUGCAUUUGCUCACCCUAUUGCAAAUACGGCUUAUUUCGUAGAAGGAAUUGUAUGAGAAAAGUCUGAAAAACACUGCACGUUUUUCUUUUAAGUUGCAGUAAAACACUGCAUUUUAACCUAAUUGAAUUGAAUUGUGUUUACCAUACAAACAAAAAUCGUUUUAACUCUUAUGUUGGGUAGUCAUUGACUGAUUGUUUACUUUUUUUUUUUUUUUUUUUUUUUUCAGUUUUUGGGGGAAAUUCGGAGAAAGACAAAACAAACCUAAAACAGAAACACUGAUGAGCCCUGAUGCUUUGUAUCGAUUAUUGGAUGACGAAACAAAAGAGAUUAAGCAACUGCGUAUCUGCAAUGAAGAGAUUUUAGAAGGUGUGAUCGUGGAUGCAGAAGAAGAACAUCAGAAAAGCGAUAAAAUCAAUAUUUUUAUCGCGGCAUUUACAACAUGCCAUGCACGCUUGAAAUUGUACGAUGGAUUAGACACCUUGAAAGAACAAGUUUUGUAUUAUGAUACGGACAGUAUCAUUUACAGAUGGAGACCUGGU